AUGGCACCUUAUGAAGCCUUAUAUGGUAGAAAAUGUAGAUCCCCGAUUGGCUGGUUCAAAACAGGUGAAACUGCCUUAUUUGGGCCAUACCUUGUUCAUCAAGCUAUGGAAAAAGUUAAAGUGAUACAGCAGCGGCUAGAAAUAGCUCAAAGUCGACAUAAAUCAGAUGCGGAUGUUAGAAAGAGAGGACUAGAAUUUUCCAUAGAGGAUUGGGUGUUCUUGAAGGUGUCACCGAUGAAAGGGGUAAUAAGGUUUGGUAAAAAGGGUGACCCAUCUCGUGUUACUCCUAUUGAAGAUGUACAGGUUAUAAGAGAUCUCACUUAUGAAGAAGUACCCAUUGCUAUUUUGGAUCGACAAGUUAGGAAAUUAAGAAAUAAAGAAGUAGCUUCUGUAAAAGUAUUAUGGAGGAACCAACAAGUAGAAGAAGUUACAUCGGAAGCGAAAGAAGCAAUGAAAUUGAAGUAUCCUCAUCUCUUCUAA